AUGAGUGAUCGCACAAGGUUCUACAGUCCGCAUAGUAUAGAGACGAAUCGCCAGAAGCUACAGCACGUCCAUGAUGUUACUUCGCUUGCGCUUGGAGUAGUGGCGGGGAUCAUGACCUUGGAGUCGCUCUACGGGUUCUUGGUCUACUUUGUUGGCAUCCUGGUGACCAACGUUGCGUUUUACCUAAUAUGCGGGGAGAGCAACGCCGGCAAGUUUUUCAGGAACCCCAUCCAGGAGAUCUACGUCAACAACUUGUUGAACAACAUUCCGGGCUUUGUCAUGCUGUGGUGUCUAGUCUACGCGUUGGUCAAGUCAAGCUCGUGA